CUGGUGUCAAAAAAUCUGCCGACCGCCACAUGUCAGGCGAAUUUGCUGAAUAAAUUUUUAAUUUUUUACUAAAUAACCCUAAAAAUGAAACCUCUUAUGCUGCAAGGGCACGAGCGUGCCAUCACACAAAUCAAGUAUAACCGUGAAGGAGACUUACUAUUUUCUGCGGCGAAAGAUUCUAAGCCUAACGUGUGGUGGUCGCUAAAUGGAGAACGCUUGGGCACUUUCAAUGGCCACGGUGGUGUGGUGUGGUGCCUAGACGUUGACUGGCAAACCAUAAACUUAAUCACUGGAGGAGGUGACAGCUCUUGCAGACUAUGGGACUUGGAAACUGGAAAGAAUAUAGCCACUAUUAAAACAAACUCCUCCGUGAGAACAUGCAACUUCAGCUUCAGUGCCUACCAAGCCGCCUACACCACUGACAAGGCUAUGGGUCACCCUUGCGAGGUCUUCAUCAUUGACACUAGGACGAUUGAUGACUCAAUAUCCUCGCAGGCUCCUAUCCUGAAGUGGGAAAUAACAGACUCGAAAGUAACCUCCAUGGUGUGGGGAACUCUCGAUGAAACCAUCAUCACUGGUCACGAAGCUGGUGACCUCAUUCAAUGGGAUCUGAGGACUGGCAAGAAAGUACAUUCCAUCAAAGAACACACGCACCAAAUCAAUGACAUGCAACUGUCUCGCGAUGGAACCAUGUUUAUCACUGCUUCUAAGGACCAGACUGCCAAGCUGUUUGACACAAGCUCUUUGGAGUUACUCAAGGAGUACAAAACUGAGCGUCCAGUCAACUCUGCUGCUCUCAGCCCCAUUCUCGACCAUGUAGUAUUGGGUGGUGGACAAGACGCCAUGGAAGUAACAACUACAUCAACCAGACAGGGAAAAUUCGACGCGCGUUUCUUCCAUUUAGUCUUUGAAGAAGAGUUUGGCCGAGUGAAAGGUCAUUUUGGUCCAAUCAACAGUUUAGCGUUCCAUCCUGACGGCAAAAGCUAUGCAUCCGGUGGUGAAGAUGGUUAUGUUCGUGUCCAGAGUUUUGAUCAGUCCUACUUUGACUAUACUUUUGAUUACAACAGGGAUUGAAUCUGUAUUACUAGAAGUGUAUUAAGUAAUGUUGUGGAAAAUUCUACAAUUUCUAAUAAAGGUAUCACAAAAUGUU